AUGCCGGUACCGCUGCCGUACCGAGCCCGGUGCAGCACCGAGCCCGUAGCGGUCCGGUACCGGUUACCGGUGCCGCGCCCAGCCCGGUGCCGGUGCAGUGCCGGCCCGUACCGAGCCCCGGGCCGCGCCGUGCCGGUCCGGGCUCGCGUGUCCCCCACCCCCUUCCCCCGUGCCGCGGCGGCGGCACCGGCACCUCCGAGCCCCUCCGGCGGCGACGCGCAGCGCCCGUCCCGCGGCGGCCCCGGCGGCGGCGGCGGCGGCGGCGAGGGCAAGAGCGGCGGCCCGGGCGCGGUGGAGCUGGCGGCGGCGCGGCGGCGGCUGGUGGCGGCCGAGGGGCGGCGGCGGGCGGCGGCCGAGCUGGAGGGGCGGGUGCGGCAGGUGCACUGCGCGCUGCUGCACGCCGAGCUGCGCCUGGCCGCCCGCGCCGAGACCCUGGGCCGCCUGGGCGCCGGCGUGGCCCAGGCGCAGCUCGCCCUGGCCGCGCAGAGCCAGCGGCUGCAGAAGGGGCUGCGCCGCCGCCCGCGGCCCCGGCCCGGGGCGCUGCUCGCCGCCGCCCGCGCCCUCCGCAGCUGCGUGCCCUGGGCCCCCGCGCGGAGCCGCGGCGCCGCCGCCGGCACCCCCGUGCGCCGCCUGCCCGCCGCCAGCCGCGGCUCCGCCUAG